CGACUCCCUCCAACAACCGCUAAACUUUACCGGCCACCGACAUCUCAUCUCCCGUCUCCUGCUAGCAACACUCACCGGCCGACCGGUUCGCAUAUCGCAAAUUCGCUCCUCGUCGACCAACCCGGGUCUCACUCGCCAUGAGACAAACUUCAUCCGACUCCUCGACUCGGUGACAAAUGGCUCGCAGAUACAAUUCAGCAUGACGGGCACAACGCUCGUCUACCGUCCUGGACUCAUCACUGGCUCGGCGGAAGGCCUAGGAGCAAGCGGAGGCGUAAUCCGACACGAGAUACCUGCAGAAUGCAGAAAGCGGGGCGUGAGCUGGUGGUUAAUCCCGCUGUGCAUACUCUCGCCCUUCAGCAAAGGCAACAUGAACGUUAUUUUCCACGGCGAGGGCUGCGUGACAUCGUCGACGGUCGCAGGCGACGUCUCCGCCGACACUGUACGCACAGCUAUUCUGCCGCUGUACAAGAAUUUCGCCAUUGAGCGCAAUAUGGAGCUGCGCAUUCUCAGGCGCUCAUGCGCCCCCGCAGGGGGCAAAGGCGCAGGCGGCGAGGUGCAACUCGUGUUCAACCACCAGGUCCGCUUGCCCAAGACACUGCACCUGCUGAAUCCAGGUCGAGUCAAGAAAAUCCGUGGCGUGGCGUACUGCGUCGAAGUGCCCAAGACAAACAACGAGCGCAUGACCUUCACCGCAAGAGGCAUCCUGAACAAAUUCGUACCAGACACGUACAUCUUCUCCGAUGCAAGCCCCGCGCCUUUGAUCCCUACAAAUGCAAAGGGCCAUGGCUCGGGAAAAGUAAAGGGAGCCGUGGGCUUUGGAAUCAGUCUUGUAGCCGAGAGUAGCACAGGAUGUAUCUACUCUGCCGACGUGUGCUCACCACCUGAGGGCGGCGUGCCUGCAGACGAGAUUGGAAAGCAGUGUGCGUACCAGCUGCUAGAGAAGAUAUCGCAAGGAGGCUGUAUCGAGAACGUGGCGGCUCCCACGGUGCUUAUGCUCAUGGCCAUGGGCAGCGAGGACGUCGGCAGAGUGGCUCUCGGCAAAGACGUCCUGGCAAGCGAGGAAAUCAUUCAACUAGCCCGGGAUUCCAAGGUGUUUGGAGGCAGCGCGUGGGGAUUCCGAGAAGCAGGCGGCGACAAGGAAGAAAUCGUCGUCAGCGUAGUAGGAAGGGGGGUGGGCAAUGUCGGACGAAAAGUGGCUUAGAGAGUAACGUGCUGUUAUUGUUUGUGGUUGCGGGCGAAAAACAAAAACAUACAUGG